AUGGCUUCCAAUGCGAUAGGAGGUACUGCCCCUCAAAGUGUUGAGCAUAUUACGCGGAUAGCACAGAACUACGAGUACAACUCUUCAGUUCCUCUGCGGUACUGGCUGAGGACCGCCGCGACGCUUUUACGUGAGGCUCACAUUUAUGAACGCGAAGGACACGAUGAGCAAGCCUAUCUCAUUCUAUUUCGACACGCUCAGUUGAUCCUGGUCCAUCUUUCCAAGCACCCCGAUGUCAAAAAGAAUGAGGAAGAUCGCAAGGCAUUGGUGGCAGCCGAGAAAGAGGUUGAGAAAAAUCUUAGCAAGUUGGAGAUUCUGCGGCCGCGUAUCAAUAAGCGCUAUGAGCGUUACACUCAGUUGAUGCGGGAGCGCGAAUCUCGCCAACAGCCCUCACGAGCCAAAACCAUCCCCGAACCACGCGAACAAGUUCCGGAUCCUGCUCUCGCCGGCGUGGCAGAGCCUUUGGAAGCUGGAGAGAAUCGAGAUCUCGCCGUGCAGUUAGCCCAAUCAGAGCUCAAUCGCCGAGCCACCAUCCGAAACUCAAAGGGUCUUUCUGGGCCAUCUGCCGAGGAGAUUGAAACACGUCGCGCAGCUGGCAUAUGGAGGGAGUGGGACCAUUCUAUGAAAUCGGACUCUCGCACGGGUGAUCGCGACCACACAAAUCAACCUUAUAGUCAAACCCCCGAAGAGUCCGAGGUUCCUUCAUCGGCUGCUUCUGCGUACAAGUAUCCAACUGUGCCCCGUCAAAAGCCCCUGGAACCCACUGUGUCUCCAGGCCAAAUUGCCAUACUCGAUAAGAAUGCCGAACGCUUUGCGCCUCCGAUAUUGCCUCCCAAGGAACACCUUGAGCCUAGCCGGGCAUCUAUUAUCGAUGAUUCUACAACGGCUGUGGUGCCAUCGCGACCGGCAAAGGUAUUGCCAGGCCCGGUGCUGCCUGAGAAGAUCCAACCUUCUAAACAAACCACCGCCACGCGUUCAGAUCUCGAUCCCUCAAGUUACACCUUCAAACCCUCCGCCUAUCUCGAAAAUGGCACCCCCUUGCGCUCGGUAUUCUUACCAGCGAACCUCCGAUCCCGCUUUUUAUCUAUGGCUGCUUUUAACACCCGCGCCAACCUUGAGACAUGCGGUAUCCUGUGUGGUACUCUUGUUUCCAACGCGCUCUUCAUAUCUAAACUGGUAAUUCCCGAGCAGACAUCGACGUCAGACACCUGCGAGACGGUUAAUGAAUCCGCCCUCUUCGACUACUGUGACUCCGAGGAUUUGAUGACGCUCGGCUGGAUCCACACACAUCCGUCACAGACCUGUUUCAUGAGCUCCCGUGAUCUACACACACACUGCGGUUACCAAGUGAUGCUCCCCGAGAGCAUUGCCAUCGUGUGCGCUCCGAGCAAAAACCCCGAUUGGGGCGUAUUCCGGCUGACUGAUCCCCCGGGUCUAAAAACGGUCCUGAACUGCAACCAGACCGGUCUGUUCCAUCCACAUGCCGAGGAGAAUAUCUACACCGGGGCAUUGCGACCAGGACAUGUCUUCGAAGUCAGUGGAUUAGAAUUUGAGACGGUUGAUCUCCGUCCGGAUGCCUUAAAGAAUUAA